AGGCAGAGGGGGCACAGUCCCCCUCGGAGGGGAACAGGCCGGACUGAGCUGGCUGGAAAGAGGGGGCGGAGAGCGCGGAAUGAGAGGAGCGGCCCCUGGCGCAGUUGCCGCCACUGCAGUGUCUGGGCUGAGCCCGAGGGAGGCGGGGAGGGACGCGCAGGGGCGGCCGCCACUGCUGGCGGGCCACUGGGGCGAGAUGCGGCUGCUGCCGGAGCUUCGCUAACUUUCCAGGCGGAAGAGGAGGAGGAGGAGGAAGAAGGGGCUUUGAGAGAGUUGGGGGGGGGGGAUGCCGAGAAGCAGUUCGUUCUCUGCACCCAACACCUAAGAGCCCUUCGUGGUUCUCCCCGGGGGCGGAGAGCUAGGCGGCAGCGCGGCGCUGGCUCCGUGGAGCGGCCCAUGUCCGGCGCGGGUGAAGCCCUCUCUCCCGGGCCCCAGCGCGGGGCCGAGGCGGGCGGCGGCCGGCUGGGCGCCCCAGCCCAGGAAAAAUGUGAUAAAGAAAAUACUGAGAGAAAUAUAGCUCAAGCUACCGAUAGCUGCUUCACACAUGGAGAGAUGCAAGACCAGUCCAUUUGGGGAAACUGUUCAGAUGACGAACUCAUCCGAACUCAACCCCAGCGCUUGCCUCAGCUUCCAACGUGCUCACAGGAACCAAGUGAGGAAGAAACCAGCAAGAUAAAGAAUGGCCACACAAGCCUGAGCAAUGGAAAUGGAAUUCACCACGGGGCCAAACAUGUAUCUGCAGAUAAUCGAAGACUUUCAGCACCUGUUUCUCACAAAAUGCAUAGAAAAAUUCAGUCCAGCUUGUCUGUAAACAGCGAUAUCAGUAAGAAGAGUAAAGUAAAUGCUGUCUUUUCCCAAAAGACAGGCUCUUCACCUGAAGAAUUCUCAGCCAUGGUCACAGUACUUGAAAAGAUGCUUCCUGUCUACAACCUUAGCGCAAAGGAUCUCAAACAGUGACGAUGCUGCACAAAAUCACCUAUGAAACAAACAGAGGUGUGAGAGAACAACCCCAAGCCUACAGAAUCAGAACUUCUGGAAGUUCUGAAAUUUGUGCUUAGAAAACAUCCAUGCACACAGCUGAAAAUUACUGUAUUAGAUUUGGGGACAUUUCCAUUGUGUUUUGCUACUAGAAUUAGGGAUAAGGGUAAAUAUUUCUGUUAAGCUUCCAAGUAAUAUAGUGAUAUUAUCUCCAUUUUGUAGUUAAUAAAACUUUCACAUUACUUAAGACAUACCAAAACUAAGGAUUUUAAGACUAAAAUACUACUUUCAGAAAGAGAAUGAGUUUAUUGGCAAAUAUUGACCCACAAUUUUGUAUAUAUUACAUAAUCAUUAAAUUUUGGUGAAAUUUUGAUUCAUCAUGAUGAAUGAUGAAAAUCAUGUAUUUGUGAUCAAGCAGUCCAUAAAUAAAAAUCAUCUAAAACAUUGAUAUCACCCUCCACUCAAAACCCAAUUAAUAGGUCUAAGUGUGGCUGAUAAAUCAUCUAUAGACUCCUGCCUAGCUAUAAGUGAUGCAUACCUUUUGUCAAUAUAAAAGUUUCUAGGUAUGCAUAAACUACUGGAAAAUAGAUUUAAAUAUACUAGAUCCAAUGAAAUGCUAGGAAGAAUUUUCUUAAUAACAUAAUAAAUAGUUGGCUUGUUAAUUUUUUAAAAGGCUCUAAGGAAGUAAUUCUCCUAAAAGUUCUUUAGAACAUUCCCGGGGUCGAUUAUAAUCAGGUAACAAUGAGUGCAUUUCAAACAAAUGGCAUUGUUCAUGCAUGAUUGCCAAGUUAUAGCAAAUUUUGAAGAGCCUUCUCUUUCAUGUUUUGCAACUUUGGUUGCCAUAACAACGUAACAUUGGUCCUUUACUCCUCAAGAGAAAAAACUGAUUUUUCUUUUCAUUGAAGAAACUUAGAGCAUGAUAGAUGAAAUGGUACAUUUAGUAAUACCAAAUUGGGUGCAAUGUAGAGAGAUAGUUGGGGGGAAAACAGAGUCUCAUUCAUCAUGUUAAUCCCUAUUCCCCUUUUUCAGGUACUUCAACAUGUUUUGUCAAUAUUGCAUCAUAUUUAGAAGUUGCAAGAUUAUUUUGCUUACUAGGAGCUCUAUAUUUUUAACAUUAUGAUCUUAAAUCCAAGUAACUGUCAUGUUAAAUUAUACUUAGGAAAGAUGUGAAUGUGGAAAUUGAACUAGAAAAGUGAAUUAAGGACUAAAGGAAUAUUGAAAUAGAUACUAUGAUCCAUACCCAGGUCCCUUUUUGGGAAGUUCUCUCUCAGUCCCUCUUGAAAAGGUGAAACCUAGCAACCAGGUUGGCAUCGUAGAAUCUUGACCCAUGGGACUAGAUUUGAAUACUCCCACCAUCUGUAUUCAAAUUCUCAUUAAUAUAAUCAGUUUCCUUGAUGCCUGUACUACAAAGAGAACUUGUCAUGUAUGUUUUUAUGGGAUGAUGACUACUGCUGAUUGGUGAACUAGAGUAGGUACAGUGACCUCUCUGGGUAUUCCCAUCCCAGACCGGUAUACCAUUGAGAGCUCCCUGGAAGCUAGCAAGGCUCUCAAAUCACUACCCAGUGACUCAAAGAAAACAACACUACCACCACCACACACACAGUUAUUUUUGACUCUUCCAUUUUCCCACUUCUGACAUGUAAUCCAUCAACAAGUCUUGCAAAACGUAUCUCAAAUUGCUUUAUUUCCUCUGUUCAUGCCACCAGCAUCCUUGUCCAAGCCACACCAUCUCCCUAACUUCUGAUCUGACCUUCCUGCAUUCAUGCUGGUUCCUCUCCAAUCUAUUAUCCACACAACCAACAGAAUCAUUCUCUUAGAUGAGAUCAUGUCAUUCCUUGGCUUUAAGCUUUUUGAUGAUUUCACAUUACUUUUAAAAUAAAAUACAAAACCUCCGAGGUUAACAUCAUUGAGAGAGAAGGCAAGGACACACCCUAUUCUUCCAGUACCCAGAGAGAUAUGCCAAGCCGAGGAGCAAUGCUGAGUAGGUAGUUCCAGUCUGUCUUACAGUGGAGAAAUCCUCUUCCCUCAGUUCUCUCCUUUUCAGUAAGUCAAGCAUUAGAGCAAACUUACUCAUGAAAGACAUCAACCUGCCUGGAUGCCAGAGAGUCUGGAUUUGAGGGGUCAAUUUUUACGGGAAUUAAAAUUGUCCAUGGACUUCCACUGACAGCAUAUGGAGACCCUGGGGCCCAGGUGGAGAAAGACACUUGAUUUCUCCUCAAACUGAGCUCAGAGGCAGACCCUCCUCCAUUGGGAAAGGGCUGGGGGUGGGGAUAGGGCUGGUCCCAGCUAUCUUGUCCAAAUCUAGGCAAUUCAGAUUAAACAUUCAGGCCAUUUCCAGAGGGUCCUGCUCUCUGUAUAUCAUCCAAAUACUCUCUUUGUUUUAUAAUUUCAUUUUCUUUAGAGCAUGUACCUAAAUCAAUUGUAUCUUGUUUAUUUCAAAAACAAUUAAAAAGCACAUAUGCU